AUGAUGAGAAUGAUGGGUGAAGGCGAGAUGGUGUACGGCGACUAUUACAGCAACUAUGAUAACAACUGGUCCAUCAUACCGCCGGACUAUGGCGCUGACCUGGGGUAUCAAGUGCGUCAGCCACCCAUAGAAGAAGACUACAAAUACAAUUCUUAUGCGUUGCUGGAUAGUAUGAAAAUGCCGGGACAGCGGCCAGGGUUCCAGAUCUCGGACAUAUUAGGGUUGAACGAGGGUAAAGGGUUGGAGCCAGCACCGGCGCCGGGUACCCUCGGCGGGUGCUCCUUGGAACUGCCACCAUACGCGCCUCCACAUCACCCCUACUCACAUGAACUGUUGAGGCACCACCAACCCUGGCUGUCUCUGGACCAUCACGAUGGACACAAUAGCUGUGUUGUGGGUCAACAAGCGAGUCCAGAUAGCACAUCUCGUGCUUCGGAGCUUUCCUACGUGGGGCCACCAGCCUCUUCCCCGCCAGUGACGGACGUGCGUCACGAGCACGACCACGACCACGACGAUGAACAUGACAUCGACCACGACGAUGAGCACGACCACGAACCAACCGUGAACCCCGGCUCCGAUAGCCUCGCACACAAGAAACGUAAACGACGAGUACUAUUUUCGAAGGCACAAACUUACGAACUAGAGCGACGCUUCCGUCAGCAGAGGUAUCUGUCAGCUCCCGAGAGGGAACAUCUCGCUAGCUUGAUACGGCUGACACCGACACAGGUGAAGAUAUGGUUCCAGAACCACAGGUACAAGACUAAGAGGGCUGUUCAGGAGAAGGGGGCUCACGACUUGAAUGUAGGAGGUUUGAACUCUCCAAGGCGAGUAGCUGUACCGGUGCUGGUGAAGGAUGGUAGGCCAUGUGUUGGCAAACCUGACGGUCUGCCACCGUUGGGGAUGUCACUACCACCGUACCACCAGUCCAUGCAUCACCAGCCGCCAGUCAGUAGCCACGCUCCCCAGGGCGGCGGCUGCUGGUGGUGA